CUAUCCACUACAAGACUAUCCACUACAAGACCAACUAUCCACUACAAGACCAUCUAUCCACUAAAAGACCAUCUAUCCACUAAAAGACCAUGGUGUUUACCUACGGAGCAGCAAGGUGAACUGACUCUCCUUGCCUUCAGGCUCAAACCCUACACCCCAACCUCUCGAGUGGCGCAGCGGUCUAAGGCACUGCAUCUCAGUGCUAGAGGCAUCACUACAGACCCUGGUUUGAUUCCAGGCUGUUGGCUCACCGUCGUCCGGGUUAGGGUUUGGUUAAAUAAAAAAAUAAAAAACCCUGAGUACUCCAUUCUGGUGUCUUGGUCCUCUCACCCCUAGGGGAGGGCAGCUCCCACUCAGCCCAGUCAAAGCUCUUCUCUGUCCCGGCACCCCAAUGGUGGAACGAGCUUUGUCAUGAAGCUAGGACAGCAGAGUCCCUGUCCAUCUUCUGAAAACGUGUGUACCUCUUCAAAGAGUAUCUUAAAUAAGACAUCCCAGUCUUAUUUCCCCUCCAACUUAAAUUAUACUUGUCUUUUCCUACAAGCACUGCCCUUGCUGAUAACUACUUCAUUGAGUUAAAAAGGGACUUACUGUUUAAUGUGGUUGUCCCACCUUGCUAUUUUAAGAUGAAUGCACUGACUGUAAGUCACUCUGGAUAAGAGCGUCUGGUAAAUUACCUAAAUGUAAAUCGUUAAAAAAAGUUUUAUUUCGAUCCCUGUCUGUUCUCCCAGUACUUCCUGUUUCUUUCGUUGGUUAGUUGAAUUCUCGUCGUUGAUCAGCAUGGUUAACGGGUUGAUGGUUGGUUACCACAGCUACAACGGUCCUUUCGUAGCUCCCAAAGGUCAAGUUAAAGGUCGGGUCUUUAGGAGACAUGUGAACAGGAGGUAGAAUAAAGGGAGAGAACUGAACUAGAGCCCUCUGUGACCCGCCUCAGUCACCAACUUCAGUUAAACACAUAAAACAUUAGAAACGAGGAGAUGAAAAGAAUGGAGCACAUCAAAGAACAAGAGAGGCGAAAAGAUGAAAAAGAAGACAGAAUGGGUUGUUGGCCUGGAUGGAUGGAGGAAUGAAUGGAUGAUGGUGUGGGGGUGUCGGAGAGAGAGACCAGCAGUGGAGAACAGAAUGUCAUUGUACUUGAACACCAGGCACUGGGAGACACACACACACACACAAACACGGCUACACACACUGUCACACACGCUUACACAGACACACUGACAGACACACAAGCGUAUGCUUCUACCCACUGCCACACAGACUUGCGCUAGCUGGCAUCUCAGAGGGCAGCCCUCUCGCCAGUCCUGUCCUGUCCUGGGUGUUGAAGCUAGCUGGAUGUUGAAGCUCUUCGCCCCUCUUCAGAAGCCAGCCUGACCUCUCAGGUCCUCGUUCGUACCUGUGGACUGAGCUGAACCUUCUAAGGCCUCUGUCUCUGCCUCCCCCUGAACCAGCCAACCGGUUACCUACAUGCACCUCUGACCUAUACAACCACAGCUCCACGGGACUGCUGAAGAACACGCUGCUUGGAAGAGGAGAGGAGUUCCAUCUCACUACAUCUGAGGACGUUCGGCCUCGUCUGUCCCCAGUUGGCCUCCACAUCAACCAGAGAGAAGGAGAGGGGCAAGAAGAAGAAGAGGAAGAAGAAGACAUCUGUUUUUCAAGAUUUCGGGGGUGCAUAGACUUUCCACGGCUUGGGACUAUUUUAGUGAGACAAAGAGAAAGGACUUUAACAUCCCAGUAACAACCAACGUGGUACAAAUACUUACGAAAAUCCAGCCAAAUACCGGUAGACAUCGUCAACCGUCACCACAACCGUUACUACUGCCACAACAACAACAACAACAGCCUGACACCUUAACCAUGGCGACCACCGGCAUGCAGCUCCUGGGCCUGAUCUUGUCUCUGGUUGGCUGGGUGGGCGGCUUCCUGGUAUGCUCUGUUCCGCUGUGGCGCGUCACCGCCUUCAUCGGCAACAACAUCGUGACGGCUCAGAUCAUCUGGGAGGGGCUGUGGAUGACCUGCAUCGUCCAAUCAACGGGCCAGAUCCAGUGCAAGGUGUACGACAGUCUCUUGGCCCUGCCCAGCGACAUGCAGGCGGCCCGGGGCCUCACCGUGCUCUCCGUCCUCCUCUGUGGCCUGGCCCUGGCUCUAGGUGUGGUGGGGGUAAAGUGCACCAAGUGUAUUGGUCAGAAUAGUCUGAAGGCUCGUAUUGCAAGGAUCUCCGGCUUCCUGUUCGGCAUCGCAGGGUUUCUCUACCUGGUUCCUAUCUGCUGGACGGCCCACUCCAUUAUCAGGGACUUCUAUGAUCCCCACGUGGCCGCGCCGCACAAGAGAGAGCUAGGCCCCGCCCUAUACCUGGGCUGGGGGGCGUCGGCCUUGCUCCUGAUUGGUGGGUCGCUGCUGUAUGCGGGGUCGAGUCCUCCCGGCAUCCCCGGGUCUCCGACCUUCAGCAGCGACAGCAGCCCCCGUAGAGGACCUGCUGCUCAGGUCAAAGGUUACGUCUGAUCGGAAUGCCACAAAACCCCAUGAUUCUAUGAUUCCGAGAUUCUAUGAUUCCAUGAUUCCGCCCUGACAACAUGAAAAACCCUCCCCUCUUAGUAUUUAUACUUUUUAAUACUUUGGAAUGUUAAUGUUAUUAUUAUUCGGUGGUGCUUUUUCUCAUUCUUUCAAAAGAUGCACUAGGAGGUUAUGAAGGGAAUUGUGAAAUCAUUUUGUUAUUUCAUGUGUCCCUGUUGUCCUCCGAUAACCCUACUGUCUGUCAGUCUGUCUGUCUGUCAGUCUGUCUGUCUGUCAGUGUAAAACCCAAUAAAAUCAUCAGUCUUUCAAUUCCUCUCUGGGAAACUCCUCUGUGUGAAUUCAUCUAUUCUAGGAUACAGUAGCCUAUAUUCGCCUCAAACCAGAGGAUUAGGAUGGUCACCAAGAGUAAAUGUCUUGGCAUUGUAGUGGGCCAGCAGAACAUGUCGUCAUGUCGUCACCAUUGUGCACUGUGAGUGGUGGUGCAGAUUGGAACGGAACAAUGGAACAAUGGGGAACUGUGUGUGUGUGUAUGCGUCUGUGAGUGUGUGGUGUAGCGCUGAUGGAGAGAGCACCAGCCAAGGGCCUUUUCCCCAACCAGCUACCACUCAUCCUCCAUCUCCCAUCAGGUCAUCACUACAGACUGUACAGUUAUCUCCAUGUUUCAAUGUCUCCAGUCCAGUCUAGAUAUCAAAACCGGGCUCCUGUCCUCAGUUCUUAGAGGACACUGCCCGCGUCACAAAUACCACCCUAUUCCCUAUACAGUUCCAUGCUUUUGAUGGAAGCAUAGAGCUCUGGUUUAAAACUAGUGCACUACAAUGAGCUCUGAUCAAACAAACUAUUCCCUAUACAGUUCGAUGCUUUUGAUGGAAGCAUAGAGCUCUGGUUUAAAACUAGUGCACUACAAUGAGCUCUGAUCAAACAAAGUGCACUAUAUAGGGAAUAGGGUUCAAUUUAACUUUAAGACUCAGACUCCAGUCCAGUCCAGUCCAGCAGAACCAGGCUCCUCACAAAUGAUUGGCUGACAAUGACAUCAUCAGGUGAUGAUGUCAUUGCAUCGUUCCCAUACACCGUAAGACAGGGUUCGUCAGCUAGGUUUUUGCCUCGGGGCCCAAAAGGUUUUCAGAGCUAAUAGUUGGCGGGCCGGAACACAAUUAGCAUAUAAUAGGAGCAGUUAAUAGAGGCAUACAGUACAAAUGGAACAACAUUGUUUUUAAACACAUGAUUCAUACGUAAUACAUUUAAUGACAAUAACAUAAUCAUUUUGAAUGGAUUAAAACUCAUAAAAUCGC